AUGAGCGCCUCCUGGGACCUUGCAGCGGUCAAAUGCUGGCUUCAACAAGCUGGGCAUGACGAUCUUGUCAAAGUCGUUGACCAAGAGCAAAUUGAUGGCCAAGCACUGCAGUCUCUGAACAUCGAGAUUCUGACAAAGCUUGAGGUGCCGCUGGAUCGGGCCAAAGCGCUGCUUGAAUCCAUAGCAGAGCCUGGACAGCACUACGCAAGUUUCUGCCGCAGCUUCUACCGUGGCCCGAGAAAUUUGUUUGGAACAGACAAAACAAAUCAGGUGGUGUUGCUCAUGGGGCCCCCUGCUAGUGGGAAGUCGACCUUGGGCGAGAACUUGGCCAGCCGCUUCAAAGGUAAGCACCUCGACCUUGGUGUGUGCCUUCGUGACAACUCAGCCCGACCACCUGCAGACCUGCUGGUGGAUUCUAUCCACCAGGAGAUGGAAGAGGCGCGCCGCAAGGCUUCCUCGGACCGCAAGCCUGAUUUGGUGUUUGUGAAUGGCUUCCCUCGAAUGAUGGACGGCCUCGAGCUACUCAGAGACCUGGUCCAUCCUUCUAUGGUUCUGGUUCUGGAUGCACCCGAUGAUGUGCUGAAGGCUCGAGCAGAGAAGAGGGGGCGUGAAGGAGACCACAACUUCGGGGAAAGGCUUGCAUUUUACAGGACCGCAACAGAGCCGGUGGUCUCCGCAUAUCGUAAUGCCGGGAUCACUCGGCACGUCGACGCCACUUCCAGUCAGUCGCUUGUGCUUGCAUCCGCGCUCUACCACUUUGAACCAACACUGGUGUUCGCCCCAGGGAAGGCAGCUUUGUAUGUUCCAGUUUUAGACAAGGUCGAGCAAAGGCUGGGCGAGAAGAUGAAGCGGAUCAGCGUGGACCAGAUCCGGAAGGAGGUGGACAGCAAAGCCUUGGUCCCUCGAAUACUGCAGGAGCUUGCACUGAAGGGCUGCUGGGGAAAGCUUGUUGUUGUGGAAGGUUUUCCAGAAGAUGUGGCAGAGCACAAGGCCUUUCCUCAAGAAGCCCUUCUGAUUCUGGAUUUCCAGUCGAGAAUGGGUUUCCUAAAGGAGUUCCCUUCUUCGUUCGUAAUACCUUAUUGCAACACGAAGAAUUCCGUGGAUACGGUGACCAAGCUACUGCAAAACUGCCUGCCUUUGCAGCUCGCACCUCCCCUCAUGGCAAUUAACUUAUUGAAGCGCUGGAUGGACUGUGCCCGUAGCAUGCCAUGGUGGGAUAUUGAUUUCUUCCGCUUUCAGGCAAAGCCCAGUUACUUCAACUACAUGAGGCAGCAGGCAGCCGCGGCUCGCGCCCAGGCAGAAGAAGCCAAGUUCACAAGGCCUUUCCAAAGUCCCCCAAGUGAAGCGUGGCUUUGCUGGCUCACCCACCAGCUGCACACGGAAAGCUACACGCACUUCUGUAAGCAACUUGCAGGCGUCCCUCUGACAUUGGGGCCUAUGCCACCGGCUCUUGUGAAUACACUCUCGGAAAGCAUGGCUCGGACUGCGAGGAAGCCUACAGUAGCGACAGCAAAUGAAGGUUUGCAGGAGAUUUUGUUGGAGCGCGAUGCGCUGGUCAAUAUCCCUGUGGCCUUUGUUCUGGCUUUUGCUGCAUUCGAAGAGGCUGGGCUCUCACCUUUGAGUGAUCCCCGCACAGUGGUUUUCAGAGCUGAGCACCCUGGAUCGCGGCAGCCAGACUUGAUGUCAUGCUUCUUGAACAUCAUGAACUUGUUCUACAGGCGGUUUUUCCUUGUUAUGGGACAGGCCAGCCCUGAGAGUCUUGCGGGUCCAGCUGUAGAGCUUGACUGGGUGUGGCAUGCCCACAUGAUGCACCCAUUGUACUCAGAGGAUUGCUUACAACUUUUUGGCCACGUGGUGCCCCAUAUUCCCUGCAAGCCUGGCGAUGCUGAGCGCGUGAGAAAAUCUCCACCAGAUGACAGCCGCCUCAUGAUGGCGAAGUUGGAUGAGCUGCUUCGUUCUCAACUUCGUGCCCUUGCAGCCUCAAGGCAUCUCACUGAAGCUUUGGAGUGGGAGUUCCCCAAGGAUUGGGCGCAGGAUGCUUCGGCUGCGCUGGGUUGCUUCAUUCCAGGCGGCAACAACUCCUGGCUAUCAGAGCGAUUGGAGUCGAGUGGCGGCAGGCUUGGGCAAGCCUUUGUCCGGUCCCUCAAGAACCCCGCAGGCUGGAUCUGCCCCGUGCGGACGGAAGUGACGGAACAAAAGACUUCGGAGAGAGAUCCCGCCCUCCUGGAAGUCAGCGUGCGUCUCAUGUCGGGCGAGAAGCUUCUGGACUGUGUCAUGCACAAGGACUGCACGAUAAAGGAUCUCAUGAAGGUCUGCGAGGAGGCUGGAGAAGCGGAUUUCAAGUUGCUUAUGGAAGGAGUGCAGGCUUCUGCAGAAUGGCUGCUGGGUGCGACUGCAAUAGCGCGGGGCGAAGUAGUUCACCUUGUGCGCGUACCGCGUCCGCCUCCAGUAAUCACGAGACGGACAAGCAGCCCCGAUUGGAACAGAAUCCCGUGCACAUGCUUUACUGACUUCUGCCAAUUCCAAGUUCUUGUUUCUGGCAGAGAGGUAUCCAGGUUCAUGCGAGAUAUACGCGAAGGUGACAUAGUGCGGACGGGAUCUGAUGUUGAGCAGGACAGAUACCGACAAGUCGUUCGCGUUUGGAAGUGCAAGACUGUCAGUUUGUCUGAGACUGUGGAGCUGGCUCCCGGGUGCAGACUCACAGUCCCUCGUCCCCACUUGGACAUUCUGUCCCUUUGUAGACUCAGUGCCCCUUGA